AUGUAUGAAGACUGGGCAAUUGACUAUGAUAAGGUAUGUAUGCAAUACGUUUAGAUACAGUAGGACCCCUGUAACUGGAACUUCCCGCUAACUCGAACUAAGUCUCAUUUCCCUUGGAUUUGACCCUGAGACUACGAUAAAUGAUCGAGAGGUUUCUUAAGUAUGAAUUUGCCAGUUAAAGUUACCGAUAAGAAAUUAAACAACGUUUCCUCGCAAAAAUGUCUGCUUAUUAUAAGUCUUUAAAUCUAUAAAAUAUGUCUAAGAUGUUUUUUUUUCUGAGAGCCCGCUUGAUACGAACACCCAGACUCGUACUCAGUCGUUAUUUAUGUGUUUUUGCAGUGAACGUGUGGGUUGAGGCGCGCGGAGACUCAUGGGAAGGGACAAAGUAAAAAGUGUACGCGAGCCUCAACCUAACCCCAAUCUUCUCUCACCCCCAAAACACAUAAAUAGCAACUGGGUACUAGUCUGACGAACACCCGGAUAAUACAGUACAUUAUGGGAUGUCCUCUUGGCGGUUUCGCAUUAACCAGGUUCCUCUGUCCUAUACUUGACCAGUGACCAAAGUGACGUUUGCCUGCGUGCAUUAUCUUUCAGGAUAUUUUGUGCGAUUUCGCAUACAAAUUAUGCAAGCCCAUGACUAUAAUGUUUGAUGCAGCAUUGAAUACCUUCACCAAGAAAAGUAGGCAAGACUUAAAAAUCAUCGACGUAGCAGCUGGAACAGGUUUAAUAGGUCUUGAGCUUCACAAAAUGGGUUACACCAAUUUACACGCACUGGAUAGUUCACAAAAAAUGCUAAAUGAAGCAAGAAAGAAGGAGAUUUACGCACAGUUUUUCUGCCUUCCAAUCGACGAUCAGCGGAUUUUAGAGAUAAACACGGGAGAUUAUGACGCUCUUAUCUGUGUCAAUGGAUUUGGAAAUAAUCACAUUCUUCCUUCGGCUUUGGCAGAAAUGUGUCGAAUUGUUGUGAAAGGUAAACUGCUAGUUUAUAUUCAUUGAUAUAAUUAAGUACCACUUUAGGCAUGGUAAAGUUAUUGGUGCCAUGCUGGCGUCGGAGAGCAAGGGACGGACUGACACAAGACAAACAUAGCGCUCUGGCACAUAAGUAACAUUAAUUUCCUUUGUUUGUCUUCUCUCAAUGCGUCUCGCUCUUGCUCACGAGCUUGGUGGUUUUGUACCACGUGAAUGACGAGCCGCAGAGAAGUUACUACGUUUACGAAAAACGGCAAAACACAUAACUGACCACGUGCUCACGUUUUCCCGCCUUUUUAUUUUUCGUUGUCUGUCUUCAACGAAAAGAGUUUUUGUUUUCGCGGACACAGUAGGGAUCGUAAUGAGGAAGUCCGAAAACUACAUAAUUAAUAAUAAACACACUGCUGAGCGAUACUGGUCUGGAGAACGUUCGGGAUCUUGAAAGUUGUACUAGAGAUCGAGCCUUAUGAGGUCAGUUUUUUCCCCGUCGUCUUCUAGGCGUCGACAGGAAGAAAGUAAGUAGGGGUCGUAUGCUUCAAUAUAAAGCUGUUUUACUUCUAGCCUGAAUUGUAGCCGGCCCUCGCAUCGUCUAAACCAGUUGUAAAGUCCGUCUGCAAAUUAGUGCACCCGAGCAAGAAAAACCUCUGAUUUCCAAGCUAACUCUAAGGUCACGUUUAAUAAUAAUAAUAAUAAUAAUAAUAAUAAUAAUAAUAAUAAUAAUAAUAAUAAUAAUAAUAAUUUACCAAUUUAUAUAGCGCGUAUUUACAUAUUCUGAUCAAUAGCGUUUUACACUAUAUUUAAGAGAAAACGAAAAUACAUUACCGUGAGAAUAAAAUAAACUAAGUUACAAACUGUAAAGAUACUUCUUAAAAAGAUAAGUUUUAAGUCGAGUUUUAAAACUGUUAAGUGAUGUUGCUUGACGAUCCACAGGUAGGCUAUUCCAGAGUUUCGGAGCUGCUGCUGAAAAUGAUCUUGCUCCCAAUGUUGUAAGCAUCUUUCCCUUGGGAUGGUCCAAUAAGAGCUUACCAGUGGACCUAAGAUUAUAUAAUGAAUUCGGUUUUAUAUUAAUAAGAUCGCUAAGAUAAGUUGGCGCUAAGCCAUAAAUACAUUUGAAAGUCAAAAGUAAAAUCUUAUAGUCGAUACGCAAAGAAAUCGGCAGCCAGUGCAGCUCAUAAAGCGCCGGUGUAAUGUGAGAAAACUUUCCGAUGCCAAGAAUAAGGGCCUGUUUACAUGGAGUGUGGGAACCCGGUCUAGUGGGGUUGGUUUCUUUUGUCUGGGGGACACAAAACAAAAGAAACCUACCCAACUAGACCGGGGUCCCCCACUCCAUGUAAACAGGGUCUAAGUCUUGCUGCUGCAUUUUGAACACGCCGUAAUUUAGCGAUCGGCGCCUUUGGUAAGCCAAACAAUAAACCAUUACAAUAGUCAAGACGGCUGGUUAUAAAAGCGUGAACCAAAGUAAUUAAAGAAUCUCUCGACAGGUAUUUCUUAAUAUGUCUCAAGUUGUGUAAAUGAUAAAAUGCCGCAUUACAAGCCUUGUUUAUAUGAUCCGUCAUGCUUAAGUUGGUGUCAAACCACGAUCCAAGGUUUUUAACACAUGGGCUUGGACUGAUACGAUUAUUGCGCACACUAAUCAAGUAAUCAAGCCGUUGUCGUGUGCCGACCAACAAAAACUCGGUUUUAUCAUCAUUGAUCAUCAACCGAUCUUGAAUCAUCCAUUUCCUCACCGCGUCAAUGCACUUUUCCAUAGCUUGUAUAGCAUCAGCUUGAGCAGUGUUGCCGAGUGGUUUAAAAGUCAGAUACAGCUGCGUAUCAUCUGCGAAACAAUGAGCAUCGGGAAGAUAAUGUUCCACGAUCUUAAAUCGCUUGGACGUAUAUAUUAACACUAUCACGAGCUCAGUCUUCCUUGCCACGAGGUAUUAGUCGUGUUUGGCCUGUCAAUACUUAAUUCAGAUCGGACUAAUCAGAAACUAGCCAAUCAAAACGGCCGACUCUGCGGGAUUCCAACGCGAUAUUGUACACUAAUUUGCAGACGCUCUAUGCAGAAGAUUUUGAGUGUCGGCGUCGCAGGCUCUUUAAUACUUCACGCUGCGCAUAACUGAAUUCAAUUCUUUCGAUUAAAUGUAUUAUGGGUGAGUCAAACCCAAUUUCAGAUGAUAGAAAAAGGGAUUGUAAGCUGACUGUCCGAAAACACUGUAUCUAUAAAUGAUCGUGCUCGCCGGAUGGUAUGACGCGCAAUCAAAGAAUUCGUUUUAAACUGAGGUCAGUAUAUAGACCACACUUAAGUACAAGACCUGCUGAUUACCGACGGCCAACGUCCAAGGGGAAGCAGCAGUUUGCUGAUGUCCGUGUAGUUGUUUAACGUCUCUAUUUUUAACCCGCAGUCAUGGCCGUUUACAUGAGGUCAUUUCAAAUUGAGAGGCUCAGUUGCGUUUUCAGAACUUGCUCUUCCAAUUCAUGGCAGCCGUUUUGAGUUAAAACUUUUCCGGGCGAAAUGUAUAUAGGAUCGGGAACCUGAAAAGACAAAACCGAAGAUGCGAUAGUAGGGGGCCCAAAUCAUCCGGACCUUGACGUAAAGGGGGAGGGGUAAAAUGUCUGCUCCUUAAAAACGUUCUUAUCCCUGGGGGCCUUCGGUUGAUCUGAAAAUAAUCGGGGGGGGGUGUCCCAGGCCUUUCUCCUAGUUCCGCCACUGAAAAGCGUUUUAUCCCUUUCACUGGAAAAGUUGACCAAAGUCAAAAUUCGACUUAAUAAUUUCGUUUUGUAAAAUGUUGAAUAAAACAUAGAGAUUACUUCAUGGGCAGGGGGCGCGUACGGGAUUUUCGCACGAGUUGGUGAUGUAUCAGAAAUCUCACUCGCUCGCUUCGCUCGCUCGUUCGAUUUCUGAUACAAACAACGAGUGUGAAAAUUCUGUACAAGCCCCCUGCCCAUGAAGUAAUUUAUUUAUUUCAUACAUACCGAGUGAACAUUUCUUCUUUUUAUUUAGGAAAACCUCUCUUUAUUUAGAAAAAAUGACCAGCGAAUUUAAGAAACAAGGGCCAGCUCAAACCAAAUGCCCUAAAAAAUACAUCAUUCGUUGGUCUCUACAAAUGUUGUGAGUUAAAAUAUUGACAAAAAAUUGAUCAAAAAUGAAAUACAAUGUACUAACUCGAGACUGUCUACGAUGAUUACAUCAUUAAAUGAUCCCUAAAACACCAAAUAGUACUAUCAAUAAAAACGCUUUGACAAAAAAUUGUCACUGAAAUGUUAGAGCAGGCGGGCUGUCCUCAUCGGAUGAGUCAAGAACUCGCUUGAUGCGUUUCUAGCUCCGUACUACAGUACAAACAAUUACUAUUAACAGUAACAGUAAGUAUAAACUCACUCGGAAAAUCAUUGAGUUCCUGUGAUUGAAUCUCUUCUAUUUUUCUGCUUUCUUGCUUGGAUUUCAGAAACUCGGAGAGCAAGCCAUCAUCUCGUCUAGCUUUCGACAACGUUUGUUUCUUUUUCUGUUCCUCGAUAAAUUGGUUAACGGAUUUCUGCAAAGCGGGAAAGCGAAGGAUUUCUCCUUCAGCCAUUAUUUAGCUUCUUCUGGCAAUUUUCUUGAGAUAUUAUCCAAGCCAAAAAUCUAAACGUUUUAACUUUUUGACAAAGCUACCAGAAUAAGACAUUUAAUGAAAACACAAAGCUACCGAAAACACGGUUGCUUUUGAUGGGUGCGCUGUGAUUGGUCGAAACGUUCUACUCACACGUGAAAAAGCCGUUUCGCUUUUCUGAUUGGUUGAAUAAAGGCGCGAACCAUGUUUUCCCUCAGGUUGACUUCAAACAGAAUCACUCAGUAUGUAUGAAAUAAAAAUACAUACCAUGUGAAAGUACUGCCAAAGAGGUUUCAUUUGAAUGGUCGCAGGAUAUUUUGUACCGACUCAGACGUUAGAAACAAAACUAAUGAGCCUUAAGACCUCUAAUCUCUUUUGUAUUUUACAUUUUAGGGGGUCUUCUUUGCUUUGAUAUUAGAGAGCAGUGUAUGGAGGAAUGGGAAAAUAAACUGAAGGAGAUGGAAAUGAAAGGAAUUUGGGAAACUGUUACAAAAGAAAAAUUGCCAGUGGACGACGAUGAUAAGACAAACGCGUUUGUGUUUAAGCUCCUGUAAAAAAUAUUGACAACAGAGCUUUAUAAUGUAAGUAAACAUACAUGUAACUGAAUUUUAUGUAUUAGAUACGCAUUGCUAUCUUCAAGGGCGUUAAAUCAGGUUGUUUAAUGGUUGUAGAUGUGAUAGUGAAGUUUGAGCCCUGUGAAUACACGAGAAAGAUGAUUUUUCAGUCAGUGUCACAGUCCUGUCAGUCACUUAUUAAAAAAUCAUCUUUCUCCAAGUGGUAUAUUUUUACUUUGAUAUUUACAAGUUCAUUUUUGUUUUUAAGGUUGAAAAAAGCCAAUGGACUACAAAGAAUCUAUUUAUUGGUAUAUAAAUUAUUUGUCGUCGUCAUUAUCAUCACCAGAAUCUUUGAGUUUGACGUUUUAUACGGCAGUUUUUGCCUUGUCAAGUUUUAUAUUCUUGAUAUAGUCACUGCAUGCUUGUAAAAAUAAAUCUGUCAAGAAAAAAAUUCCUGUGGACAGGAAAGGAAAAGUUCGGCGUCUGAACCAAGCCUAAGAAACCAUCUUCAUGUUCAACGAGCUAGACUGCAUGUAAAUUCUAUUACCGCACGGAAAUGUAAUCUUUGAGAAAAGUCUCCAGUUUUCUUUAGCCUGCUUCAGGUGUACAUAGUGUACAAAGUUUCUGUUAUUUUUCGCCUAAAUGCCUUUUUAGUGUCCUGUUGUACUAAAGGAUUCGCUUAUUUGCUUUGCUGACCGCGG